AUGGACCCAAUAACUGGACUUCCAAGUUCUCGUCGCUCAACUUUAUCAGGAGGCGACGUGCACCGUGAAGGUCUUACCACUGAAACUCAUGACUGGACAUUAGUUAAAGCCAUUGACCUUGUAAUUGAUCAAAAGGUUAUCGUAAUUGACGGAGAGAUACCAAUUGAAGAAGCUUGUGACAUUCUCACGCAAAACAAUAUAUCUUCCGCACCAGUCUAUGAUGCUUCAACGAAUAGCUAUUCUGGCAUGUUCGAUUGGGCGGACGUUAUGACAUAUCUGUUAAUUGUCCUUAAGAAAAAAGAUGCUAUGAAACAACAAGAGAAAAGUGAUGCUGAAUUAUCUGCUGAAUUUAAUGAUUUAGUGAAAUUGGCAAAUAUUUAUAAAUUCUAUUUAUCAGCUUGUUGCGUUGCUGAUAUCGAUAUAAAUUUAAUUCCAUUUUUAGACCUUUCCAAGAAAAAUCCCUUUUAUAGUGUACUUCCAGAGACAUCGUUGCUACAAGUUGUUGAAUUGUUUGGAAGUGGAACUCAUAGAGAUAACAAUGGUCUCAGUUCUAUUGCUAUUGUGGAUUCUGAAGGGUUGUUAAUUGGCAACAUAAGCAUGACAGAUAUCAAGGACAGAUAUCCUGUAUUUGAUGUUCGUCCAACAUCAACUUUAGGCUAUACCAUCGCCAAAUUAUCUGCAACAAAAGCGCAUCGUCUUUGGGUGGUGGACGAACGGAUGCGCGCUAUUG